AUGGACUCUGCGGGCCACAAAAGGAAAUAUGGCGACGUGAGCUCCGAUGACGACGACGCCGACUCCCCUCCCCGCGCCUCUUUUCGCUCAUUCAACCGCGCCGCAUCGCGCUCCGAAUCUCCUCCGACCGGCGGUCUAGGUCUGGGUUCAGGUAUGGCUCGUGGUGGCGGUCGGGGCAUGGGGAUGGGGAGAGGUAUGGGGAUGGGGAUGGGGAUGGGUAUGGGCGAAGGGUCUAGGAAGAAUAAUGCGACAAAGUCAUCCUCGAGUAAUGGCCCCGGUGCCAGUUCCUUCGGUGCCCGCAUGCUGGCAAAGAUGGGUUAUGUCCAAGGACAGGGUUUGGGUUCUAGCGGACAGGGUAUCGUGACUCCCAUCGAGGCGCAGGCUCGUCCACAGGGUAUCGGUCUCGGUGCAGUUCGCGAGAAGACCAAACAGGCUCGUGCGGAGGAGAAGCGCGCCGCCACCAUGCGCGGCGAAUCGGUCGAAGAGAGCUCCGACGAAGAAAUCAGGAGAAAGAAAAAACGACAGCAGAGGAAGGACAGAGGAGAAAGUGAAGGAGAAGCCCGCCCUAUCGCAAGGAAGAAGCCCCAGUUCCGCACCGCUCGCGAAAUCGAGGCGGACAUGGCUGGUCUGGAGGUCCCGAACGUCCUAAAGUCCCUGAUCGAUGCGACGGGCAAGGAACAGAGAGUCCUGACAUCGACUGCCGGGCUCAUGGCGCCGCUGGAGUUUGUGAAUACCGGGCAGAGCGAGGCCCACAAGAUCGCGCGCCGAGCACGCCAGGAUUUGGAAGCGUUCGCGGAUGAAUGGAAAGGUCUGACGGAGAGGAAGAAAUUCAUCGAACAAGAAGAGUCGCAGAUUGUGGAUCAGCUUGAUACGAAUCAACGCCAAAUCGACCAGCUAACAGCUCUCCUUGCCGCCUUUGGAGCUCUCGAUGACAUCCCUGAGGAGUUCAGCGCCACCCCGCAAGCGAAACUCGAACAUGUAACGAACCGGUUAGAGUCGAUCGAAAUCCAAUAUCGGGCGGAGAUUGAUCAAUAUCGGCUCUGGGAGACUGCGGUUGCGGCGAUCCAUCCUAUAUUCCGCGAGGCCAUGGAAGACUGGGAGCCCCUCAAAGAUCCCACGUUCCUCGUCUCCAAUCUACGACGUCUCCAGCCCCUGCUCUCUCGCGUACCGGGCGAUGGGCAACCCACGCAACGCCAAUCGACGUCUCCUUACGAAACCAUGAUAUACACCCUCUGGCUUCCUCGUGUACGGUCUGCCCUUCUCAAUGAUUGGGAAGUGUUUGACUCGUCACCUGCCACGACACUCAUCGUUUCGUGGAAGGAACUUCUCCCACCCUUUGUUCUCGCCAACGUCCUCGACCAACUGGUCGUCCCGAAACUCACUAACGGUCUCAAAGCCUGGAAACCUAGCAGGCGCUCUACUUCCUCUUCCUCUCAACAGAACUCCGCCGUCCCCUGGUGGCUUUUCACGUGGCUUCAAUACCUGGACGAGCGGCACACGAACCCUAAACAAGCCACAGGUCUCCUCACUGACGCCAAGCGAAAAUUCCGCAGCGUUCUUGAUAAAUGGGACCUUAGUGUCGGUCCGAUCCGGGGUCUUGACAUCUGGCGCGACGCCCUAUCAUCUGAAUUUGAUACUUGUCUCCGCAACCAUCUCCUCCCCCGCCUCGCUGCCCACCUCCGCAACGACUUUGACGUCAAUCCUCAAGAACAAGACCUCGCGCCGUUUGAGAACACUCUCAGAUGGAAAGACUGGUUCCAACCCAACGUUCUUGGACUGCUCUUCGUGGCCGAAUUUUUCCCUAAAUUCCACCAGAUCCUCUAUAUCUGGCUGACAAACGACCCUAAUUACGAAGAGGUCGCAGAGUGGUUCACCUGGUGGCGCUCCCAAUUUCCCCCAGAUAUCAAUGACCUCACCAUCAUUGACGAGGAAUGGAACAAAGCACUCCACACUAUGGACCUUGCGGCUCAACUGGGUGACCGCGCAGCCUCGGAACUACCCCCUCCCACUACAGCCACAGCCACAUCAUCAAAACCUACAACACCCUCACAUCAGCAAAAGCCUACAACGCAACAACCCUUAUCUUCAGAACCCGCGCCUCGAAAACCAAAGGUCGUCGAAGAAGUUGCAUUCAAGGAUAUCCUCGAAUCCUGGUGCGCGGAAGAAGGCCUCAUAAUGCUUCCACUCCGCGAGGCACACCCACAAAACGGUCAGCCCUUGUUCCGAAUCACAGCCAGUGCAACCGGCAAAGGCGGCGUCGUUGCCUUUAUACAAGGAGAUGUGGUAUGGGUCCAGAACAAGAAAGCGAAAGAUGUUUGGGAGCCGAUGGGCUUGGAAGAGCGGUUGGUGGAACGUGCCGAGGGGAAAUGA